CGCGUGUAUCUUCUUGAUUUUGAAUAUUUUGAUUUAUUUCUUCAGUAAAAUUGUGUUUUUGUCCUAAUGUUUAAUUAAUAUGGCAGAUAUAAACAGUUUAUUUGACUGCUUUGAAGAAACAGAUGAAAAUGUGGCCACCAAGAGUUUUCCCAAUGUAAAGAAAGAAGAAACUCAAGUGACUGAAGAAACCGAAGCUGCUGGUACAGAGAAGUCCCAGGAAUCAAUUGAAGUUGAGUCACCAACCAAGAAGCGUCCACAUGAUGAUGAUGUUGAAGAAGUUACAAAAAAGCCGAAGUUUGAAGAGGAAGGCGAUGAAUUACUGGCUGAUUUGAACCUAGAACUCCUUGAUUCCCGCAUAGUAAUCCAUACCCUAGAGACACAUGAAGGCUGUACACAUGAGGUGGCCAUACCACCAAACCAUGAGUACGCUCCUCUGGUACCAAACUCAUCAGAACCCGCCAAGCAGUACAGCUUUAUCUUAGAUCCUUUUCAAAAGGAGGCUAUCAUGUGUAUUGACAAUAUACAGUCAGUGCUGGUUUCUGCUCAUACUUCAGCUGGUAAAACUGUUGUUGCAGAAUAUGCAAUAGCACUGUCACUGAAAAACAAACAGCGAGUGAUCUACACAACUCCCAUCAAGGCACUGUCCAAUCAGAAGUACCGGGAGUUUUCCGAGGAGUUCCAUGAUGUGGGUCUGAUCACUGGAGAUGUCACCAUCAAUCCAUCAGCUUCUUGCCUUAUCAUGACUACAGAGAUUCUGAGAAACAUGCUGUACAGAGGAUCAGAGGUGAUGAGAGAAGUGGGAUGGGUGGUGUUUGACGAGAUCCAUUACAUGAGAGACAAGGAGAGAGGAGUUGUGUGGGAAGAGACCCUGAUCCUGCUACCAGACAACGUGCACUACGUAUUCCUCUCGGCCACCAUCCCGAACGCCCGUCAGUUCGCGGAGUGGGUGUGUCGCCUGCACUCGCAGCCGUGCCACGUGGUGUACACGGAGUACCGCCCCACGCCGCUGCAGCACUACAUAUUCCCUGCAGGGGGUGAUGGCAUGCAUCUCGUUGUUGAUGAGAAGGGAAUAUUCAAAGAGGACAACUUCAACACGGCAAUGACAGUCCUGGGCAACGCGGGCGACGCGGGCAAGGGCGACCAGCGCGGGCGCCGCGGCGGGUUCAAGGCCAACGCCGCGCAGACCAACAUCUUCAACAUUGUCAAGAUGAUCAUGGAGAGGAACUUCGCGCCUGUCAUCAUAUUCAGUUUUAGUAAGAAGGACUGCGAGGCGUACGCUAUGCAGAUGGCGAAAUUGGACUUUAAUACUAUUGAAGAGAAGAAGCUCGUAGACGAAGUGUUCAACAACGCGAUGGACGUGUUAUCCGAAGAGGACCGCAAGUUGCCCCAAGUGGAGAAUGUCAUUCCAUUACUGCGGCGAGGAAUAGGCAUCCAUCACGGCGGGCUGCUGCCUAUUUUGAAGGAAACUAUCGAGAUCUUGUUCGGCUUGGGGCUUAUUAAGGCUCUAUUCGCCACGGAGACGUUCGCCAUGGGGCUGAACAUGCCCGCCAGGACCGUCGUGUUCACCAACUGCCAGAAAUUCGACGGAAAAGACUUCAGAUUUAUAACAUCAGGCGAGUACAUCCAGAUGUCGGGGCGCGCGGGGCGGCGCGGGCUCGACGACAAGGGCAUCGUCAUCCUCAUGAUCGACCAGAAGGUCACGCCCGCCGUGGUCAAGGACAUGGUGCAGGGGAAGGCUGAUCCUAUCAACUCGGCCUUCCAUUUGACGUAUAAUAUGGUACUGAACCUUCUACGAGUUGAAGAAAUAAAUCCUGAAUACAUGCUCGAGAGAAGUUUCUUCCAGUUCCAGAAUCAGGCUGCCAUACCGGAUUUAAUUGACAAGGUGAAGUCCAAACAGAAGCUGUACGACGCUGUAUCCGUGGAACAGGAGCACUCCAUAGCUUCGUACUGCAGCACUCGCUCACAACUUCAACUGCUCGGCCAGCAGUUCCGCUCCUUCAUCACGAAACCCCAGCACCUACAGCCAUUCCUGCAGCCGGGUAGGCUGCUCAAGAUCAAAACCGAGAAGCACGAGUACGACUGGGGCAUCACUGUGAACUUCCGCCGCCAGAUGCCCAAGGGCAAGAAGCGUGAGGAGGAGAACCCUCUGACUGCGGAGACGGUGUUGUUAGUCGAUGUGUUGUUGCACGUGAAGAGAGGGACGGAAGAUGACCCGGAGAAACGGGUGCCGUGUCCGCCGGGGGAGACAGGAGACGUAGAAGUGGUAUCAGUGAUCCACACACUCAUAGACCAGAUCAGCACUCUGCGAGUGUACUACCCUAAGGACUUGAACUCAUCCGACAAUAGGAAAUCCGUACUAAAGACAAUAAAUGAAGUGAAGAAACGGUUUCCCGAAGGACCUCCGCUGCUGAACCCUAUAAAGGAUAUGAAGAUACAAGACAAAGUGUUUUUAGAAUGCGUGGAUAAUAUUAAACUCUUAGAAGAAAGACUAUACGCCCAUCCCCUGCACACAGACAAAGCGCGGGGCGCCCUGCAGGCGGCCUACGAACGCAAACAGGAACUGCUGCAAGAACUCACCCUAGCCAAGUCCGAACUCAGGAAAGCCAAGAGUAUACUGCAAAUGGACGAACUGAAGAAGAGAAAAAGAGUACUGAGACGAAUGGGAUAUUGUACGGCGACUGAUGUCAUUGAGUUGAAAGGAAGAAUUGCGUGUGAAUUGAGCAGUGCGGACGAGCUGCUCCUCACCGAGCUGAUCUUCAACGGCGUGUUCAACUCGCUGUCGCCGGAGCAGAGCGCGGCGCUGGUGAGCUGCUUCGUGUGUGAUGAGAACUCUAACCAGGCGCCAAAUAGCGCGGCGGAUUUGAAGACUGUGCUGAGGCAGUUGCAGGAAUACGCGCGGCGCAUAGCCAAGGUGUCCAUCGACGCUAAACUGGACCUGGAUGAAGACGACUACGUGAACAAGUUCAAGCACACGCUGAUGGACGUGGUGCUGGCGUGGGCCAAGGGCGCCUCCUUCCUGCAGAUCUGCAAGAUGACCGACGUGUUUGAGGGUUCAAUAAUCCGCUGCAUGCGCCGCCUCGAGGAGGUGCUGCGACAGCUGUGCCAGGCCGCCAAGAACAUCGGCAACGUGGACCUCGAGAACAAGUUCAGUGACGCCAUCAAACUGCUCAAGAGGGACAUCGUGUUUGCGGCCAGUCUCUACAUGUAGUGGGAGAGAUGUCGGGGUGAUUGUAAUGUAUCUAAUUACUUAUUAUAUUUUUUAAACUGUA